CGGUAGGUUGGGACCCCGCAGCAUCAUGCCGAUCUUGGGAAUCGGACGGAGGCACCAAGGCCAGGUUCUGUAGACUGGCGCAUGGUAUUUAAACAGCCGAUGACCAUGCUCCGAAAGAAACGGAACGACUUCAGUGACGAGCGUGUCGUUGAUCACUCAAGUCGAAGAUGCUGGCACGUUACGGAUUGUUUGGCAUCUUUGGGCUCCUCCCCCUUGGAAUCUUGUGUCAGAGUGACAAUCUCGGUCUAAGAAAUGGUUAUACUACCCUCACGACAACUAAGUUCAGCGCCAAGAUCGUGAAAGAUGCUCAAGUCCUUGCAUCGCUGACUGCUGCCGGAAGUAUUUUUGACUUUCUACCAUACGACAAGAUUUCAGUGCGUGCCAACAACGGCCAAUAUCACUGGGGUGAUAUCACGUUUCGGUAUCGCGAGAAUGGCAGCAGUACCUGGAUAGAUGGCGACUCGGCAACCGCUCGCAAAGCUGUCACAGUCGUUAACACUGGUGCGCUAGCUGCUUCAAAUCUGACACCGACUCUUGAUACUAGUCCUUUGAAUAUCACGCGGGAAUGGAUCAAUGUCUCCGGAGACCUUGGUCUUCGCUUCACCAUUGUCAACACGGGCACAUCAACUAUUGAACUAGGCUCUCUCGGCUUCCCGGCCGAGUUCAACAGCAUCUUCACUAAUAGGGCUGCUAUCGACAUCCAGAACUUGUGCUCUUUAUCGGACCCGUACGUUGGCAUGCAUGCGGGCUACAUUCGUGCCAAUCCCAUCAGCGGUACUGGAGCCGCUCUUGUCGUAACGCCACUCAACGGGACGGACACACCUUUCGAGGGGUAUCGCAACCUCGUUGAGCAAUCAUAUUCCAGCACAGGAUAUGGUAGUCAAACAUUUGAGGGGUUUUACGAGUGGCAAGUGCUCACAAAGGCGUGGGCUGAGAACGAAUGGGCCGCUGUGACUCCUUGGAACCCUCCAUCCUCGCGAACUUUGACUCCUGGACAGUCCAUGCAGUUCGGCCUUCGCUUCUCAAUUGCCAGUGACGGUGUGCGCGGUAUUGAUAACGCAGUAAGUGGAACAGGAACACCUGUGGCGGUUGGUGUACCGGGAUACAUAAUUCCGAGGGAUUCGCCAGCCCAGCUAUUUUUGCAGGCUUCCUCGAGCGUAACUUCGAUGUCCAGCGAGCCAUCUGGCGCAUUGAUGGUCAAGGAGGUAUCGGCGGGCUCCUACACUGUAACACCAUCAUCAACUAUAUGGGGUCGUGUGCGACUGACCAUCAAGUAUGCUGAUGGCAAAACACAAACGAUUCACUACUAUGUCACAAAAGCCAGCACAGAUGUGUUGAGCAACCUAGGAACAUUCCUUACCACUAAGCAAUGGUUUAAUGACACUUCUGACCCCUUUGGCCGCGCAAACUCUAUCAUGACGUAUGACUACGAAGCUGGAGCCAUAGUCACGCAGGAUCCGCGCGUAUGGAUUGCCGGACUUAGCGACGAGGGUGGUGUGGGAGCAUUCCUCGCUGCCAUGAUGAAGCAAUCUGUCCAGCCUAACGCAGAUGAGAUAGCGAAGCUUGAGACGUUUGUCGACAAGGUGCUUUGGGGCACCAUCCAGACUAGCGAUUUUGCGGUCCGGAAAAGUGUCUUUUAUUAUGAUAAGUCGGCUCUCCCCAAUUAUCCCUAUAAAUCAAGUAUUAACUGGGGCAACUGGUGGUCUUGGAAUAAGGCGUCUUCAUAUGCCAUAGAUCGCGCAUAUGAUUACGUUCACGUUGCUGCCUCGUAUUGGUCCAUGUAUCGAGUCGCAAGGGCUUAUCCUGGUCUCGUGCAGAGUCACGCCUGGGACUGGUAUUUGUUGCAGGCUUAUAACACGAUUAUACGGAUGACCAAAAGAGAUGUGGGAUAUAAUCGAGUUGGGUUGAUGGGAGAGACAGUCUUCGGAGAGAUCUUGACGGACUUGACGCGUGAAGGAAUGACAUCUCAAGCUUCGACCCUAUCAACGGCUAUGGAGUCUAGAGCGGCGCAGUGGAAUUCUGAAGCAGUGCCCUACGGUAGCGAGAUGGCUUGGGAUUCAACGGGCCAAGAGGGUGUUUACUACUGGACAAAAUACUUCGGAUACACGAACACAGUGACCAAAACAGUGAAUAGCGUUUUAGGGUAUAUGCCCACAGUCCCCCACUGGGGAUGGAACGGCAACGCCCGAAGAUAUUGGGAUAACAUUUAUGGUGGGAAACUACAGCGGAUCGAACGUCAAAUCCACCAUUACGGGUCAGGACUCAACGCGCUCGUCUUGCUUUCAGCGUUCCGUAGUGACCCAUCGGACUCGUACAUAUUACAAGUCGGGUAUGGUGGCAUAAAUGGACCGCUUUCCAACAUCAAUCAGGACGGCUUUGCCGCCGCAUCUUUCCAUUCCUGGCCGGACACUCUCAAGUGGGAUGGCUACAGUGGUGAUUACGGCCCAGGCUUCGUAGGGUUGGCUCUAGGCUCAGGAACAUACGUCGCGCAACACACGACAUUAGGAUUAUUAGUGUAUGGCGGCACACUCACAUCUUCUCCUGGCGCAAGCAGCGUUAGUGUUACAACCACCGGACCCGUUCGACGCAAGGUAUUCAUCGGGCCAUUGGGUGUGCUGCUUACCACAGAUGCUGGUAGUAUUGAUGGUUUUGGUUAUGCUAGCGAUGGAAGCAACAUCACUUUAACCUUGACUCAGCUCUCUGGCGGUCCAUCGGCUCCAUCUGCUGUGCUGUGGAUUGAGACCACAUCAGGAUCUGCCAACUACACCGUCUCGAGCCCCACGACUCCUCAGUCACGUAAAGGAUGGGCAAUUCCCCUGUCGCCAAGUCCCGUAACUGUCCAGCUCAAGAAAUCUUAAAUGUGUCAGUGAGUGAAUUAUAUAAUAUAGAUUAAUUAGAUAGCUCACAUCAUCUUCGUGAUUAAAGCACUUGCAAGAGUCAGUCCACUUUUAGCUCACAUCCCUCAGGCCUUCAAAUUAGAUUUUUGCCCUGUCAAACUACACAUGGUUUUCCAAUGGAAAGAUAGUGCAUCUUUAUGAUGCGAAUAUGGGUGAAAAUCUGCAUCGUGAAAUCUACAUGGUAGAUCUUU